AUGCCCCUGAAUUACGCCGUCUCAAUUACUCCUCUACUGCAAAUGAUCAAUGUGGCCCACGAAGUAAGACACAUUGCCUUCGCAGACGAACUCAGUGGUGCUGGACGACUUGUUCAGCUGCGUUCGCGGUGGGAUAACAUCGUCUCUCACGGCCCUCUUCUGGGUUACUACCCGCGAGCAGACAAGUCCUGGCUGAUAGUCAAACCCGAUCUCCUUGUAGCAGCUGAAGAAAUUUUCGCUGGAGCAGAUGUGCGCAUAUCCACAGACGGCCACAAGUAUCUUGGUGGUUACUUCGGUUCUGAGCAAGGAAAGAAUGAGUACAUACGGUCCCUCCUCGAACGUUGGUCCAACCAACUCCGUGUACUGAGUGACAUGCGAAGUAUGAGCCUCAAGCAGCCUACACUGCCUUCUUGUCCGGAUUCCGUCACAGAUUUACCUACCAUAUCCGCACGAUUCCAGAUAUUCAACAUCAACUGCAGCAGAUUGACAACAUCAUCAACACUGAACUGCUUCCUGCAGUCACGGCCGGCCGAAAUCUUUCCUUGCAAGAUCGUAAGCUACUUGCGUUGCCAACACUUUUGGGAGUCUUGGCAUACCCAUUCUCUCGGAUAUGUGUGCCAUGGAGUUUGA